AGGCCCAAACGUUGUGAAACAUGUUUCUGUGCCAUCCUCCUCCUCCUUCUUCGUCUUCUUUACCAUACAUCAUCAUCUCUCUCAUCCUCUCACAUAAUCAACCAACGUAUACUCUUCUCUUAUGCAAUCCCCAGAACGUGCUCAAAUUCCCGCCUUCCGCUAAUCAUGCACCAAUUUGGGCUCUUAACCGUUUCCUUUGUCGGUUCACGCGCUGAUUCUCUCUUCUUUCGACAGUCGCAGAAUUAGCAGCAGCUCAAACUUAGAAGGCAACUCAAUGGCCAAUUGGAUCUCCUCCAAGCUCAAAGUCGCCGAGAACAUUCUCCAUCAGAUCGACCAGCAAGCUGCUGAAUCUCUUCGCAAGAACGAGAGGCUUGGACUCGGUGAACCCAGUGCCAUUGACGUUGCUCCUGCCAAAUCAGGGGCUUCCGUGUCUCUCAAGGAUCAAUUGAAGAAGAAACCACUGGAGAACAACGACUACCAUGGAAAGCUGCGUAGCGAUCCCAAUUUUAGCAAGCCAGCUCCACUUAACGCAGCUAAGCCCUCGUCUAAACCUAAUCCUAACCCUGCACUCACUGAUGGUGAUUGGACCGAACUCCUCAGCUCUCCAACUCAGCCUACGGCUCCUGGGAGCAGCCAGGGUAAUGGGGUACCUUCACCUCGUUCUUUGACCAAAAAUAAUAGGAAGCACAAGAGUUUGUCGUCGGGGUUAUCGGUUUCAGAUGUCAAGAGGAACCCAAAAAGUGUUAAUGGUGCUUCAAGUUCUUUGCAGAGGCUGGACUCUGUUAAACAAGUUAAACCGAGUGGGAAAGCUAGUGAUGAUGGGAAGGAGUCUACCUCAUCUGGUUCAUCAGAGAGGCAUUCCAAUGUGGAAUCUGAGACUGAUAAUAAAUGGAUGAGAGGACAAGAAUAUACUAGUAAUAACGACACUGCCAAUAAGGUUGUGGUCGAGACAGAUGGCAAGGAAAAUGAACAGAAUCAUCAUGGUUUUAGUUAUAGGAGCCUUUCUCAGCCACAAUCUUUGCAGGCCAAUGACAAAGUGGAUGCAGAAACAAUACCUGAGGUGGACAAAGGUAAGAUUGCUGGAGAUGUUGAUCAAGGUCAAUUGAGAAGUGCAAUAAAAGAAAGGGAUGGGCCUCAAGUAGUCUUGGGACAUCCAACAUCUGAUCAUUUGCAAAGGGGUUCUUCCAUGGCAAGUGAUGAUGGGAGUUCUGAUUCAGAUACAGAUUCUGACUCAACAUCUGAUUCUGAAAGUGAACGCGAGAGGGAGGAACGGAGAAAGAAGAGGGAGAGGAUCCUUGCCGAGAAAGCCGAAGCUAAAGCCUUGAAUACCAUCAAGGAACUCGAGAAUAUGGUGGCCAAAUUAGAGGGGGAGAAGCAAAGUAUAGAGAAAAUACUAGAGGAGCGAGCUAAACAACAAGCACAGGAGGCUUCACAGCUUCAGACCAGCAUGAUGGAAACAAUGGAAGCUGCUGAGUUAGAAAAGCAGAAACAUAAUAAUACCAGAAUGGAAGUUCUUGCACGAUUAGCUAAACUGGAGACUGCUAAUGCUGAUCUUGCGAAAUCCCUUGCAGCAGUGCAGUGGAACCUUGAAGUAGAGGUUAAACAAGUGGCUGAACUAAGACAGCAAAUUGCAUUUAAAGAGUCGGUUCAUGAAGAGCUCAAAAGGAGCACGAGCAAUCUUCAUCAAGCUGUAGCUUCACAAAAUCAAAUGUCUUCAAAAGGAGUUGAGUUUGAAAGAGAAAUUCUUGAGGCAGAGCACUCUAUAAUUGGUGAUAAAGUUACACAAUUACAAGAAAAGGCGCGGAAGCUGGAAGCUGACAUUGAAAUGACAAGGAAGGAGAUAGAAGAACCAACGGAAGUUGAAGUUGAGCUCAAGCGUAGGCUUCAACAGAUGACUGAUCAUUUAAUACAGAAACAAGCCAAGGUUGAGUCACUCUCCUCUGAGAAGGCAAGUCUCGUAUUCAGAAUUGAGGCAGUGUCAAGGUUGCUAGAUGAGAAUAUGUCGGCAUCAGGUGCACCAGAUAUGAAUUCUGCCUCCUCAUCUAGCGACUUAGAAUCAGGAAUUUGGGAGCUCUCCAAUUCAAAGCUGAAGCCAAUCUUAAAAGCCAGAAUUCAUUCUGGCAAGAAACAAUUGGGCUCUCUGCUUCAACAAUUAGAUUAUAUAUUUGUCACGGGUGCAGUCUUUUUGAGAAGGAACUCGACUGCAAAAUUAUGGGCACUGGUUUACCUUGUUUGCCUUCAUUUCUGGGUGAUAUAUAUCCUAAUGUCACAUUCAGGUUCAGGGCCAUCCAAUGAGGCUAAGUCGGGAGCUGUGAUCUCAUUGGAUAAUAUUAAUAACACUGGGGGAUAGUCAUCAUAUGUCUUUACUUAUUUACAUCAGCUUUUAGGAGGUCUUCUGGUAUUGGUUACCCUGAAUAUAUUCUUUGAUUUUACCCUAUACUACAUCAAGCACUCACAAUGCGUGUAAUGAAUGUUACAGUAGGUCAGUACCACUAUGGCCAUGAAAUUUAAUACACCAAUGAAGCAUUACCCCAGACCGCUAUGUCCUGUCAUGUGUUGGAAAAGAUGGGCGAAUAGGCCUUGAAUCUUGAAUCUUCAAUUCCUUUAACAAUGAUUGGAGUUGGUGGUGGUUGUGACCUUAAUAUGGGGAUUUUUUUUUAUCAUUUUUUUAAUGUACAGUGCAGCAGAAGAUGUGGUCACAGAAUUAGCCCUCUGCCCCCUAGUAUGUUUGGAGA